GGAAACAAAAUCGGUUCUUGUUUCUUGUUUCUUGCUUCCUCAGAUCAUCGAAAUCGAAAACCAAAAGCCAAAGAAAGGCUCUCUCAUUCUUUUAUCCUUGUUUUAGCCUUUUCUAUCUGAGUGUGCCUGUGCGUGAACGAAACCCUUGAACUGGGAGGACAAGUCAAACAGACGUGAAGAAGAAAGAAAGAAAGAUCGAGAGAAAAAAAAAAAUUAAUAAUUGGAGAAGAAACCCAUUUCAGUAAUAAAGCGAUUUUGGAAAAAAUCGCUUGACAUCUCCUCACGAGCUCGGUUUUAUUAUCUCUUUGAUUCUGCAGAAAUUCGCGUCGUUUUCAAGUCCCCGGUAUUCCAUUAACUUUUCUUGAAUUAGAGUGGAAUAAAGAGUUUUUCCUCCAUUUUCUCUUCCCCCCUUUUUCCCUCAGAUUACAAUAUUUUCUUCUUCAGAAGAAGCCCAAAUUUCUUAGUGGCUUUUUCCUUUUGGUUUUUCCGAUCGAAAUCUAGUAACCGAAGUUUGGUUCGGGCGGUGUUACCGGUACCCAUUUGGAGUUUGUCUGGAUUGGAGUGCUGAGGAGCUUGAUUGUCCCCGUUCUGGGUCCGAUUACGCGACUUUUUUUUUCACGCUGUAAUCUGAUCCGAGAGACGGUCUGAAAGGUGGUUUCUUGAUUGAGAUUAGGAUUGGCUUGGUUGGAAAGGAGUACCCAUUUGCGUUUUCCGAUUGAUGAAAAUUUGAUUGAAACUGCGAAAGCUUGCGAUUCUUUUUAGUUUAUGCGUCUUUGGUUGAGUAGCUUUUUACGCUGAAAUCCGAUUGGACAGUUGAUUUUUGUUGCGGUUUUCAUUUUUCAGACUGAAACCGCGUUUGAUUACGGCUCACAAACGUAACUCGUAUCUAGUUCUUUUGAUCAAAACAUGCGAAGAUCGACCGCCUGUUUCUGGGUCUUUUCCUGCCGGUCGUAAGAAGACAUUUCUUGCUUCAUCGGCAUCGUUGGAAUCUGACCUCCGGCGCCGAUUUUCGUCAUGGAUGCAAAAUCGGGCAACCUUGAUUACUGGAGGAAGUACUUCCGGAGUGCUAAUUUGGAUAUCUUUGAAGUUAUCGAGCAUGCUAUCAUGGUCGCUUCUUCUGAUUGUCCGGAAGAGUUCAAGAUGAGAAGGGAUCGAAUUGCAGAGAUGCUUUUUUGUUGUCGAAUGACCAGGUGUUUCGGAUGUGAUCGUGUGGAGUUGCAAGUACCGGCGGAGGAGGGUGAUGGAGAUUGCAAGAAUGGUGGUGAUUUUGAGGGUCAUGGUGGUAAAGAGAGUAAGGUCAAUAGCAGUUCCAAUGAUAACAAUGAAAUGAACAUGAUCCGGGUUAGCAAUUACAGCUAUGAUGAAGCGGAGGCACUGACAGAGGAGAUUGAAGAGGAGAGUCAAAUUGUUAAGGAGGUUCUGAGGAUCAAAGAUGUUCUUGCCAAUAGUGAAGAAGAGUCUGAAGGAGUAAUAUUUGAGUCAUUAAGGAGGCUUCAGCUUAUGGCACUGUCCGUGGACACCCUGAAGGCAACGGAGAUUGGAAGGGCUGUAAAUAAUGUCCGGAAGCAUGGAUCAAAGGAGAUCCGUCACCUUGCAAGGACUCUCAUCAGUGGGUGGAAAGUUAUGGUAGAUGAAUGGGUAAGGUCUGCAAAUGCUAUUACAGAAGGUUCACCUGACUCUGUUAACCCUUCUACUCUUGAUGAAGAGGAAGGGCUCCCUUCUCCUCCACUAGAUGAAGGUUUUUUUUUGGCUACUCAGACUACUGGAAUAGAGCUUUCUCAGUUUUUUGAUGGGAUGGAUGAUGAUGGAAACCCUCGGAACAGUGGGGAACUGGACAAUAAUCGUGAGAAUGGAAGGAAAAUGUCACUGGACAACCACAACAUCCCCAGGAGGAAGCAACAACCUCCCCAUGGAGCAAACAUGCUUACCAAGGAGAAUAAAGGCCAACAAGUACAUAAACUGGAACCUGUCAUCAAACAAACAAAGCCCUUCGCCACUGACACAGGGCCAGGGAGACCUCCAAAAUUAAGCUUAGAGCAUAGAGCCAAUAAUGAAACAAAAUCACAGCAAAAACCAGAGAGCAUGGGAAUUCAAAGGCGGCCUAUAGCUAGUCAGCAAGAUAAGUCAAAAUGCUCGGAUGAAUUUUCAGUCCGGGUAAAAUUGGAAGCCACCAAGAGGAAGCUUCAGGAGGGGUACCAGCAAGCUGAAAAUGCAAAGAGGCAACGGACAAUACAGGUCAUGGAGUUGCAUGAUCUCCCUAAGCAGGGUAUGGCUCAAAGGAAUCCCCAUAUGAGACCUGGGAACCAUAACCGGUAUUGGGCAAAUGGACGGCGUUAAUUGCUCCUAUUUCAUGAACUGGAUUUCAUUACCAUGUUGUUUCCUCCAUUUUCAAAAACCAGUAAUGGAAGAGCAGCAGACCCCCUCUGGAAACUGUGAACCUCAGUACAGUGUGUACAUUGAACUACCAAUACCUACUGAACAAUUUGCUACAGACAGAAAAGACGAUCAGAGAACUUAUCCAAGAGAGCAGAUCUCUGAGACUCCUAUUAGAACCUGGAGAUAGCAUAUGGUUCCAAGAAUGUCAGAGGUAUAGUGAUAGUUAAGUGGAUUGCAGUUGACAUAGAACCUUAAUGUGCAUCUGCCCAUUUGACAAUUACCUUUGAACAGUCCUUGUUUUUUCUUCCCUUGAGUUGGAACGCUUUACAUGCAUUACUGGAUAAUAUAAAUAUAGUCGCACUGUGAAGUGCAUUUUUAUAGAGUUACCCAUAUGUAAUCAUUCUCUUAAUCCUAGCUUGAACAAUCAGUUGGGAAUUCUUCCUAGGUUGUUUGUAGGUUUCAUGUAUUUCAGGCUCCGAUGUAUCCAAUACUUACCCGGGUAUUACCAGACGGAAUUUGUAUAAACUCAGCACUCAGCGUUGGCAUCUCAUUAUGUUUGAGAUGGCUGAGAAGUUAAGGUGACUGAUCAUCAUAGAAAUCCUUGGAGUCACUUAUUGUAAUCAUAUAAUGUCUUGAAGAGAAUGAAAUAUAGUUUCAUGGCAAGGAUCACAUA